UAUGAGAGAAACAGCCUGAUAGACACUUUUGUUCCUCCUCAAGAGCCAUACUUUCUAGAGCGACGUCAUCAAGCUGCGACUUCUCACGUGUUCACAACACGGCAGCGGUAAAGUAACGCGCUCGUCGGGAUCGGGAGAAGUUUCUGACAGUUUCAGGUUUUCUGCUCCAGCGUUCUGAUCGCCUCCUCUGUCAGCCAUGAGCGACAGUGACGACGACGUCCCCACGCUGUCAGCUCACACUCUGGCCGCCCUGCAGGAGUUUUACAAUGAGACCAAGACCGCCCAGGAUCACGGCACCACGCCGUCAGACCAGUUCGCUGUGGGAGCGGUGGAGGAGGACUGGAGGAUGAGCCAGUUCUGGUACAGUGAUGAGACAGCGGCCAAAUUAGCAGAGGAGGUCAUACGUGAAGCUGGAGAGGGAGGCAGGAUAGCGUGUGUGAGUGCGCCCAGUGUGUACCAGAAGCUGAAGCAGGGGGUGGUGGACGGCUCGGACCGGGUGUCCUCCGUCGUGUUGGAGUACGACCGCCGCUUCGCAGCCUACGGCGACGACUUCAUCUUCUACGACUACAAUGAGCCGCUGUCCUUUGCGGCCAGCGUGGCUCCUCAGAGCUUCGACAUCGUCCUCGCCGACCCGCCGUACCUCUCUGAGGAGUGUCUGAGCAAAGUGGCCCAAACCAUCAAGUACCUGAGCAAAGGCAAAGUGCUGCUGUGCACAGGAGCCAUCAUGGAGGAUCUGGCCAAAAAUCUCCUGGACGCAAAAAUGUGCGACUUCCUGCCGAAGCACAACAAAAACUUGUCGAAUGAGUUCCGCUGUUUUGUCAACUAUCCGUCUCGCCUGCUGUCCUGCUGAGGAGCUGAGCGUCUGUCGGAACAACAGCCGGGGGGACGGAGGACGUCACACAGAUGUUCCAGCACCACGUCUCACAGCUCGUACUGUUCAGGACUGAAGCGAAACAUGAAGAAAGUGGACGUGUUCAGUGUCAGUUUUAUCUCUGAACGGUCACAGGUGGACUCGAAAACAAUUAUUUAAUCCAUGAGACGUUAAUUUUGGUCAGUAGCGUGAGUCGAACUAAAGUACCUUUAAGUUCUAAAGAUGGAAAAUCACUCGGUCUGCUGUUAGUUACUGAUUAGCAGCAGGGCAGAGAGUUUCAGUCUGGCAGAAUAUUUGUCAUAAGACUGUCUUUAAUUUAGAUUUUUCUGAAGCUGCAUCCUCGCUGAAUGCACGCCGGGAGAUGAGCCCACGACAUGAUGUAGACCAGUACAAGAUGAAGAGUUUGUGGCAUCACAUCCAAGUUGAACAAACAAGCAACAGAGAGGUAAAGAGAGAGAGACAAACUAUAUUUAACGGGAGUCUUCACACAGAUGUGCUGCUGCUCUACCAGAGGAGACACCAGAGUGGCGAGGAGCUGAGCCACAGAAUAAAAAACCUUUAGUUUCAUUUGAUUCCUCGUUGGAGGAGCAGCAGCUGGUGAAUGUCUAACAAGAGCAAAGAUGCAGGAAGAAUAAAUACACAUUUAAAAAAAAAAAAGGAAAAGAUAUCUCAUACUGUAGGCAUGUUUAUUCUCCUAACCCCUUACACGAUGAGAUGACCACGAACAGCUGAGAGGAUUUCUGGGAUAUUACAGAUGUUUUCAGUUCCUGUCUGCUAAAAAUGCUAAAUGUGACGGGGAAAUAAACAAGUGCUCAGUCUUGUACAGUCACUGUGAGAGACGUGCUGACUCUGCACGCUGAUGUGCUGAAUGUGACCGCUCAGUUGUUUCGCUGGAGACUUUUUACAGUCACAAAUAAAGUCACCUGGAGCACUUGUUGUUUGGGUGACAAGUUGUUGAA